CGCGUUGGCUGGAUGGCAAACAAGAAGAAGAAGCAGCCAAAACGUGAGACAAAAAGAAACAAAUAGUUUUGUUGUGAAAAUGGAGCCGGGCAUCUGCUAUAUAAAAUCAGAAUAUCUGUUGACCGAGGCCAAUGGCAACAGUGAGGCAGCACCGGCGAAAAGCUCCGAAAGCAACAAAAGAAAGCGCGCAGAAGGUGAAACGGAGGACUCUGGCGGGAAAAGAGAUGGCAAAAAAGAUCGAAAACGUGGUCAGAACAAGAAUCGUCCUGUGUUCAAGGAGGAUCGUUAUUCACAUCUUUGCCACUCUCUGAUUGAUGGACCAGGCGGUGAUGCGUGUUCUCUGGCCAAUUGUCGCUAUGUCCACGAUCUGGACGCCUUUCUGGCAGCCAAGGGCGAGGAUUUGGGCUCGGAAUGUUAUGUGUAUGCCACCAAAGGGUAUUGUGGCCGCGGUGUCACAUGUCGCUAUGCCAAGGCGCACACAGACGACCGGGGAAGGAAUAUAAAGAAGGAGGACUACGAUGCAAAGGCCACUCAGACCACAUUCAAUGGGAUAACACCAGACCUGCAGGUGCGUCUUCGGAAGCAUGAAUACAAUUUGGAUCGCAGCAAAUUACUGAUUGCUGUGGCCGAGAAGAUUCGAGAUGCCCGUAAGCAAAGGGAGCUGCAAGAGAAGAAGCUGGAGGUGCAGGAGAAGAAUCUGGAAUUGCAGAAGAAGAUCAAUCAGCAGGGUGACAUCACAAUCGACCACGAGGCAGAGGCUAAAGCUGCUGAAGCACCUGCCAAAGAGAGUGAAACGCCCAUUGGAAGUGCAGUCGAUGACUCCACUGUAGGCAGGGAUGCGGAUGCUGACCGCAAGCCAACCGUUGAUUUUCGCGAGAAGCUGGUCCUCUCGCCACUAACGACCGUGGGCAACUUGCCGUUCCGCCGCAUAUGCAAGGAGCUCGGUGCGGAUAUAACCUGCGGUGAGAUGGCCUGCGCUGUGCCGCUGCUCAAGGGGCUGGGACAGGAAUGGGCCCUGACGAAGCGGCACGAGAGCGAGGAUAUCUUUGGAGUUCAGCUGUGCGGCAACAAUCCCAAUGUCAUCACCCAGGCAGCCCAAGUCCUGCAGGAGACGGCAAAGGUCGAUUACAUAGAUCUCAAUAUCGGCUGUCCCAUUGAUCUGAUCUACCAGCAAGGAGGCGGCAGUGCCCUAAUGAGGCGCACCAACAUAUUGGAGUUGGUCGUGCGCAGCUGUGCCUCAUUGUCCGAGCAGCUGCCAUUUACCGUGAAGAUGCGCACGGGCAUAUAUGCGGACAAGAGCGUGGCCCACGAGCUGGUGCCCCUUGUCGAGGAAUGGGGCGCCUCGGCUGUCACCCUGCAUGGCCGUUCGCGCGAGCAGCGCUACACCAAGCACGCCAACUGGGAUUACAUCGAGCAGUGCGCCGCCACAGCCAAGCAAAUGCCAAUCAUCGGCAACGGGGACAUUCUCAGCUACGAGGACUAUGUGGAGAGGCGAGCGCUGGCCCCUCAUGUCAGCUCUGUGAUGAUUGGACGCGGAGCCCUCAUCAAGCCAUGGAUAUUUCAGGAGAUCAAGGAGCAAAAGGCCUGGUCUCCCACAUCAACGCAGCGCUUUGAGAUGCUGCGUCGCUACUGCAACUAUGGACUCGAGCACUGGGGAUCGGACACCAAGGGUGUGGAGAGCACCCGACGAUUCCUACUCGAAUGGCAAUCAUUCCUGUACCGCUACAUACCGGAGGAGCUGCAGCAGGCCCCCCCACAGAAGAUCAAUGCCAGGCCACAGAAAUAUCGGGGUCGCGACGAAAUGGAGACCCUCAUGAGUUCCGGCAAUGCCGCCGAUUGGGUGAAGCUCAGUGAAAUGCUGCUGGGUCGGGUGCCUGAAGGUUUCAGCUUUGUGCCCAAGCACAAGGCGAAUGCCUUUUAGUUUCCGUUUCUUUGAAAAAUUUGCGUGACGUUUGAAACUUUCGUUUUAAUCUACUUCUAGAUUAUUGAAUCCAUAAAUCAUUAAAAUAA